UUUUUUAGUUUAAAUUAGUUAAUUUAGUUAAAAAUAUGUUAAAAUUAAAUUCCAUUUUGCGCAGCUCCUUAACUACGUCAACAUGGCGGAGUUCUGUACGUUUGCUGCAUGUAGGCGAAGCCAAUAUUCUGCCAACAUCGGUCGAUAAGAAUUCCAAUGAGUUUAAGGAAAAUGCUGCUGAAAUGUCCAAUUUGGUUGGUGAACUGCGCAACAUUACCAGCGAAGUGUUGUCGGGUGGUGGCCCAAAAGCCAUUGAACGUCACACCUCAAGAGGUAAAUUGCUGGCACGUGAACGUAUCAACAGAUUGGUGGAUACCGGAUCACCAUUUUUGGAAUUGAGCACUUUGGCCGGCUAUCAAUUGUAUGGUGAUGAGGUGGUUAACUCGGGUGGUAUUAUUACUGGAGUUGGUCGUGUUUGUGGAACUGAAUGUGUUAUUGUUGCCAACGAUGCCACAGUCAAGGGUGGUUCUUAUUAUCCCAUCACCGUUAAGAAACACAUAAGAGCACAAGAAGUGGCCCAGGAAAAUCGUUUGCCUUGCAUUUAUUUGGUAGAUUCUGGUGGUGCCAAUUUACCACGUCAAGCUGAAGUAUUUCCCGAUAAAUUACAUUUCGGUCGUAUUUUCUACAAUCAGGCCAAUAUGUCCGCUUUAGGUAUACCACAGAUUGCUGUUGUUAUGGGCAGUUGUACGGCUGGCGGUGCUUACGUGCCAGCCAUGGCGGACGAAAGUAUUAUUGUAAAGAAACAAGGUACCAUUUUCUUGGCUGGCCCACCGCUCGUCAAGGCAGCUACUGGUGAAGAAGUUUCAGCUGAAGAUUUAGGUGGUGCAGAUUUGCAUUGCAAGACCUCAGGUGUCACCGAUCACUAUGCCGUCGACGAUGAACAUGCUCUCUAUUUGGCUAGACAAGUUGUCAGCAAUUUGAAUUUACCCACCACCAAUGCUUUCAACGAUCAGUUUUUGUACUCCAGCAAGAACACCAUUAAGGCAGCCGAAGAAUCUUUGGCACAGGAAGUUGAAGAGCCCAAAUAUGAUGCCAAAGAAUUGUAUGGCAUUGUCGGUCCCAACUUGACCAAGAGUUUUGAUGUGCGCGAAGUUAUUGCCCGCAUUGUGGACGGCAGUCGUUUUACCGAGUUCAAGAAAAUGUAUGGCGAAUCAUUGGUUUGUGGUUUUGCCAAACUUUAUGGCAACAAGGUGGGCAUUAUUGGCAACAAUGGUGUUUUGUUUUCGGAAAGUGCCCUCAAGGGUGCCCACUUCAUACAGUUGUGUGCCCAACGUAAUAUUCCUUUGGUAUUUUUACAAAAUAUUACCGGUUUUAUGGUGGGUCGCGAUGCUGAGGCUAAUGGUAUUGCCAAGAAUGGUGCUAAGAUGGUAACCGCUGUGGCCUGUGCUAAUGUGCCUAAAUUCACCGUCAUUAUUGGUGGUUCUUAUGGUGCCGGCAAUUAUGGUAUGUGCGGUCGUGCCUAUUCUCCCAGAUUCUUGUAUAUGUGGCCCAAUUCUCGCAUUUCCGUUAUGGGCGGUACCCAAGCAGCCAAUGUUUUGGCACAAAUUACCGCUGACCAACGCAAACGUGCUGGCAAAGAAUUCACCGAAGCUGAAGCCAACAAAUUGCGUGCCCCGAUAAUCGAGACAUUCGAAAAGGAGGGCUCACCCUAUUUCAGUACAUCCCGUUUGUGGGAUGAUGGCAUUAUUGAUCCAGCCAAUACCCGUCAAGUUUUGGGUAUGAGCUUAAAGGCUGCUCUUAAUAAUCCCGGUAAUGGCACCAAAUUUGGUGUUUUCCGUAUGUAAAAUACUUAUAAACUAACAAAACAAAAAAACAUUCUGUGGGAACAAAGUGCAUUUUUAUCAGGUUACAUACAAUCUGUGUGUUAAUAUUUUUUUUAAAGAAUUAAGAUUAUUUGUCUAUAGUGAAACUGUUGCAUUUAUUAGUUUUAGGUCAAUUGCUACAUAUAUAUUUAAAUACAUAUAAUUUUUGUUUCGUCUUUGUAAAACUAA